AUGAGUAGCCCGCGCUGCGCCCCGCUGCUGCUCCUGCUGCUUCUGCCGCCGCUGCUGCCCAAGCCCCCCGCGGGGGACGCCGCCGUCAUCACCGGGGCCUGCGACAAGGACCCCCAGUGUGGUGGAGCCAUGUGCUGUGCUGUUAGUAUCUGGGUUAAGAGCAUACGGAUUUGCACACCGAUGGGCAAAGUGGGAGACAGCUGCCAUCCGCUGACUCGUAAAAACCAUUUUGGAAAUGGAAGGCAGGAAAGAAGAAAGAGGAAGAGAAGAAAAAGGAAAAAGGAGGUUCCAUUUUUUGGACGGAGAAUGCAUCACACGUGUCCAUGCAUGCCCGGCUUAGCCUGUUCACGGACUUCGUUUAACCGAUAUACUUGUUUAGCCCGAAAGUAACCACUUUAGAGGAGAAACUUUAAAUGUGAACAGCCACAUGAUGUCCGUAAAGUCUGUUUACCUGUGAUUGUACCAAACAAAUAAUAUGCCAGAAAGAAAUGCUAUUGCUUCCUCAACUUUCCAAGUAACAUUUUCCUCUUUGAUUUUUAAGUGAUGUGUUACUUUUCUUUUUUUUUUAAUCGAAGGCGGACUUAUGUUUUGAAUAGAAAUGUAAAGUGCAAGGCAUUAUGGAACCAGUUUCACUUCCCUGUUUGUGUUUUGGUUUGGCUUUUUUUUAAUGCCAGUAACUUGUCCAUUUUCACAAAAGUGCGGAGAAUAGGAAUUUGAUAUUUUGUUACAGAAACUUUUUUUUUCUUAAAACACCCCCUGCCCCACUGCGUGUGCACGCAUGCACGCACACACACACACACACACACACACACCCACACACCUUGGUCUCUUUCCCUCACUCCUCAGUGAGUUUUAAGACUCUCAUUUUAUUGUUUGGCAUUUCCCUCUGACCCUCUAGCAUUUUAAAGUGGGGAUCCACAUCCUUGAGCUUGCUGGCAGAAUCACUGAUGAGAAUCAAGCUUUUUGCCUGAUACUUAAACAGUGAGAAGAAUGUGUAGUUGAACUAGACCCCAAACUUCUCUUAUAUGGAGUGGAGGCAGGGGUGCUCUGAACUUGAACUGAACCUGCUUAUGCAAGUGGGUUUCAGGUCUGUGGUUUGACUAGUAUGAGGACAGAAAGAAUGGGAAGUCAAAGUAAUUUAGUCCAGAUUUCUAGAUUUGGGAUUUUUUAAAAAGACUUUUCCAGUACAAUAUUACAUUUAUUUCUUUUCCUUUUUAUAAAGUUUUUUUUUUUUUUAACGCAAGUCUCCUAGUUAGAGAUGUUCUAGAAAAUGUCACUUGAAGAGGAAGUAUUGAUUAUAAUCUGGCGUAACACUAGUUAUCAUUUUUAAAUCGGUAUUAAGUUGUCAUUUAAACUUUAUUUGUAACCCAAAGGUCUGUUGUAAUGGAUUGCCUGACAUCCCGUCAUUUGUACCUAUAUCAAUAUUGCUGUGUAAAAAUUCUGUAUCAGAAUAAUGACGGUAGUAUAUAUCAUUUGAUUUAUUUUUAAUAUCAUAUCCUUAUUUUUGUCACAGCUGUCAGUUUUUAUUACAAGCGGAUUUCUAUAUAGCCCACGUUCUAAAAUGGGUAAAGACUCCAAAGUUGGUAAUAUAGCACUAACAGUGUGUAAGUUUUCAUUUUAUGGACAGAAAAGUUCUGUUUGCAUGAGUUUUAAGGUAGUAUGAAAAUAAUGUGUUAAAUCAUUGAGGUUUUGGAGCAUGAAGGAAAAUUAUGACAUGCAAAACUGACCGUUAUCAGGAAUGGACUCACGGGAUUUCACUGUCUUGAUUCAGCAAAUAGUAACAGGGUGUUGAUCACGGGUGGUUA